ACGAAGCGAGCAAACAAUAAAGGAUACGCUUUCAGCUGUUCCUCAGACUUUGCCGUUACAGCUGACACACCAGUGAUGUUCCAAUUACUCUCGCCAAGCGGCGCCCUUGUACUUGCCUCGCGCUUUUUAAAGGGCACUGCACUGACUGUCGUUGGUGCUCUCCUAUUGGCCGGAGUGCUCACCUGGAUUGCCCGAAGGGUACAGUGGAAAACGUACAAGCACCUCAAGAGCCUGCCUCACCGCGAGGAGCAGGUGCCUUUUCAAGGCUUAUGGAUAAUAUUCAAGUCAUGUUCACCACCCGACUCACCUGUCAGUUUCAACUCAAUGUUCUUCGCCGCGAUUUGUGGAUUACAUGCCCGAUUUCAAAGGCAUGGCAGGCACUUGAUGUACUUGGGAUUCACGCCUCUGCUUACUUUGUACAAGGCUGAGUACGUAGAGCAAAUACUGUCCAGCAACAAAAUUUUGACGAAGGGCGUUCAAUACAACCUUCUACAUCGCUGGCUUGGAAAUGGCUUGCUUACAAGCAAAGGUGACAAAUGGCGCUCUCGGAGGCAGCUCUUCACGCCAGCGUUUCAUUUUAAGAUUCUGGAAGACUUCGCCGAAACAAUCAACAGCCAGUCGUUCCUCCUCUGCAGUAAACUAAAAGAGCUGUCACAGAGUGGGGCAAAGUUCGACGUCGUCCCGAAGGUCACCCUCUGUACUUUGGACAUUGUUUGCGAAACUGUUAUGGGAACGUCCAUAUCAGCUCAGGUCAACGAGAACAGCCCAUACGUUGCGGCUGUUAACAGAGUCGGAGAGCUAUUUGUGGAGAGAAUAAUGAGGCCCUUGCUACAAAUCGACUUCAUAUACAACUUCACUGCUUCUGGGCGGGAGUUCUGCAAAUGCAUUAACGUGAUUCACUCAUUUGCACGAAAGGUUAUUGAAGAACGAAAAAAGGAGUUGGAAAAAGCAGUCAAAGAAGGCACCUUAAUGCUCGACAGCUCCAGUGAAUCUGAACUCGGUGUGAAGAAAAGGAGGCCUUUUCUGGAUCUUCUCAUUUUGGAACAUCUAAAGAAUCCCAAGUACAUCACUAAAGAAGAUGUGCGAGAAGAAGUGGACACGUUCAUGUUUGGAGGUCACGAUACAACAGCGAUGGGGAUUAGCUGGGCGCUGUUCCUUAUAGGCCACCAUCCACGGGAACAACAAAAGAUUCACAAUGAACUAGACCAAAUCUUUGGUGACGACAAAGAGCGUCAUGUCAACUUCGAAGACCUGAGACAGAUGAAGUACCUUGAGUGCGCCAUCAAGGAAUCUCUACGCAUAUACCCAUCUGUGCCAAUGAUUACAAGGAAAUGUGAGGAACCAUUCGAAAUAGAUGGAGCGACCCUUCCUGCUGGAACAAUGGUGCAAGUCGCGGCGUAUUUCUUACACCGGGAUCCCGAAGUAUUUCCUAAGCCGGAAGAAUUUCACCCGGAGAGGUUCUUCCCAGAAAACUCGAAAGGAAGGCACCCUUUUGCUUAUGCCCCCUUCUCGGCGGGACCCCGAAAUUGCAUCGGGCAAAAGUUUGCACUCGCUGAAGAAAAGAUCGUCAUCGGGAACAUUCUGCGACACUUCACCAUCAAGUCACUCGAUCAGCGUGACAAAGUUGAGAUUGUCAGUGAAAUAGUGCUGAGACCUAAAGGUGGCCUCCGAAUUCAAUUCACUCCUCGUUAAUUAUUUCAUUGAAACCUGCGAAAAAGUGAUAUCUGCCAUGAUUUCUCUACAGUAUCAAGGUCAAGCACGUCCUUUAUUAUCGCCUGUUUCUGAAUUUAUUUCUUUGUUCUUUAUUUAUCAGAUACCCUGCAGCACCCUAGAGCAAUCGAGUAGGGGUUCUACAUCAGUGAAUUAGACACAAAUUUGUUCACGCACGUAAUACAACUUAGUUUACGUUCAAUAUGCAACCCCGUUGAAUCGUUAGUAUACACUUUGUUCGCGUUACAGCCUGACGUUACUGCAUUCAAUAAAAUACAUCUUCGUUACCACUACGCACUUGCUUUUCAGUUAGCCUAUUACCCUGUUCAUUUCUUCAAGAAAAAAAUGAUAAACUAGCAUGCACGUUGUUUUAGUGGAGUAUUUGAUAGUUUCGCGACUAUGACCAAAUAUGUUGAUGGGUAAGCAGGUUUGUGUACCUAAAUUGUUUCUUCCUUCAUUAAAGAUAUGACGAUAAAGGAGAUUUUAGCGCACAUAUAAGGUGCUGUCUACUUCUUCACAUCAAUGGAUCGAGCAUGCAACAGAAAAAAUAAACAUAAGAAAAUAGAGCAUUAUCAU